UCUCGACCACGCCCCCCGGCGGUUCGGAAGCGUGCAGGCUGCGGAGGCUGAGAGCCACGGUGUUCGGCCCGUGACCGUCCCGCCAAGGAGCGUGCCUGGGGCAGGACGGCCUGACCUCCUGCCGCUGGGGUAGCCUGUGAGCAACACGGAGCCUCCAGGACGCGAGCACCUCCUCUUAGCUGCCCGCCGCCCUGCCUGCGCCGCCUCCUCGUGCGCGGGACGCGAGCCAGGCCGCAAGCCAGGCCGAGCUUCUGCUUUCCAGCGUGCUUUUUGCAUCGUUUGACAUUUGGGUCCAGUUGAACUUCGGACCUCUACGAAGAAGGACCUGUUUGUUUUUGUUACUAGUUUGUUUCCAACAUGGCAGCCUCCAGCCGCGCACAAGUUUUAGAUCUGUACCGGGCGAUGCUGAGAGAGAGCAAGCAUUUCAGCGCCUACAAUUACAGAAUGUAUGCUGUCAGGAGAAUAAGAGAUGCCUUCCGAGAAAAUCAGAAUGUAAAAGACCCUGUAGAAAUUCAAAACCUGGUGAAUAAAGCCAAAAGAGACCUUGAAAUAAUCCGCAGACAGGUGCAUAUUGGCCAGCUGUAUUCAACUGACAAGCUUAUCAUUGAAAAUCAAGAGAAGCCCAGGACAUAGGAGCCCAGCACUAGGAAACAGCCGCCGCAGCAGAACUGACCACCUUCAGCAUCCAUUCUACAUAGAGUGUUCACACAAUCCUGGCUGAACGUAGCCUGUUGCUCUGCCUGCCUUGUAGUUGCUGAUAAACUGAGCAUUUGCAUUCUCAUUUGCAUUCUCUCACAGCCAUAUUGUGAAGAAAUGGUUGUGCAUCCUCAGUUCAGGUGUUAGAAUGAAGAGCUGGAAGUCACUCAGGAUAAUGCUAUAUGUUAUCGUGUCUCCUCACCACCCCACCCCUUCUUGCAGAUCACCCACAUUUGUAUAGAGCCUUUGCAGAUUUUAUGUCUUGGUCCUUAACAAUAAACAUAAUUAUCUCCCUAUCCUUUUGUACCAAAUAAACCCAUUGCAGUGAA